GCCUAUCUAGGCGAUACCUCCCAUAUUUUUUUUUUCUGGAACAACCACGUUGUAGACAUUUGAACAAGCUACCGGGUUUUCAAGAAAUCUCUAAAACAUCGCCGAUAGUACGGCACAACAUUUGAUAUAAACUUAUUAUUCUGGAAUCAUAUAACAAGAGGAUGGCACGAGUUCAUUUGAAGGGGAUAGUGGUGAUGCUUUGCCUUAUUUCGUCUCUAUGUGCAUGCAUAUUCAUUUUUGUCUUGGAUGCGGGCAUUGUAAAUCAAAUAUCGUUGAGGCUCAGAUCCGGAGCCGCUGGGAAACGAGGCCCAAAUCACUUUUCGUCUGUCAUAUCUGAUUCACAGAGAGGCAAAAACGCAAGUGCAAUGCCUGGUCAACACGCGACGUUGCGGCCAAAACUACUAGCGCUCGGAUGGCUCAAAAAUGUGGACUGGGUACCAGGCAUGGCAUCAGGACCGAAAUUGGACAUCUAUGAUUUUGUACUCAAUCCUGAGAAUACGUGUAAGGAAGGGAAUACCACACUACUAAUUUUGGUAAAGUCGGCACCUUCUCAUUUUUCACGCAGAGAGGUCAUCCGGGAAACUUACAUCAGGUUUGUCAAGGAGAGUAGAAUGCCCGCUAAGGUGCUAUUCAUCCUAGGAAACCCAAAGGAGGAAGCUGACCAGGAUCGCGUAAGAGAGGAGUCCAAACUACACGGGGAUAUUCUGCAGGCCGGUUUUAGAGACCAUUAUUACAACCUUACCAUCAAGCUCAUCAUGGGAUUCAAAUGGACCGUAAACUUUUGCCGCCACAGUGACUUUCUGAUGUCAACAGACGAUGACGUAAUGAUCGACGUUGCCAACCUUGUCCAGGACUUGACAACGCUACCGGAGUCUCGUACGAACUUCUGCCUGGGAUGGCCAACCUCCACUGCCCCGAUACGAGAUGUGAACAGCAAAUGGUACUGCCCGAAGGAAAUGUUCCCAGAUGACAUUUACCCGGUGUAUCCAUUUGGUCAUGGUUAUGUGCUGUCGCGUGAUGCCGUAGCAAAAGUCUACGAAUCUUCCAAAGAACUGCCUCCAAAAACACCGUUUGACGAUGUUUACUGUGGUAGACUUUUGAUAUCAAGAGGUAUGGGUAUUGUUGACAGAGCGAACACCUUUAAGAGACUUCAUCCUGGGAGACAACCCGGAGAUUACCUUAAGUGUGAACUGUCGGUGGACAAAAUGAAAAAAGUAUGGAAGUCGUUGGAACCUGUUCGGAACUAACACGCAGCACUCCUGAACAACGAUUCUCCCGAAAAACGCUUACCCCGACUACAAGAUCACUUAGAAGAAAAAAAGAAUGAAUGAACAAUCUCUUGUACAACAGAAAGUAAUCUUAUUUUUAGACUAAUCAUAUUGUGAAAUAAUCAUGAAUAGAAGAACGUAAGAUAAGCAUUAAAUACAAUAUUAGUGAUAGAUUGAUAGAAAAAUAAUAGAAAAGGUUGUUCAAAGGUGUUCUCAAGGGCACAGAUUGAACUUAGGUCGGAAUAGAAAUAUAAAUGGAAAGAGGAAGAAAAAGAGCCUGGGGAGACAGAAAAUGAGCAGAAAUGAAAGAAUAUGAUUUGUAGAUGUAUAUUUCAACGAAAUAGUACACUUAUUUUAAUCAUAAAAUCGUUUUGGAAAGUUUGGAAAGUAAUCUUCGUUCAAUCACUGAUACAUGCAGACUUUGCAUUCCCUUGUCAAAACUCUCCUCUGCCGAAAAACGGUUUGCUGUAGCAGCUGCCAAGACCUGGAAUGCUAUCCCUCUUUCAAUAAGAAAUGCUUCCAGUGUUCUUGGCUUCAAAUCUUCCCUUAAGACAUACCUUUUUCCUAAAUAAUUAAUUUUCCCUUUUUAUCUUGAAUAUUGUAGUAAUUAUUGCAAAUGUUAAAUUGUUACUCCUACAUUGCACGCGCUAUGGUACUUUUUGUUUUUAGCGCCUCUAAAUACCCAUUAU